AUGACGGAAGAUAGACGAACGGUUGCCGUAAAAAGCCACGGCCACGUCGUUGUUGCAACAUUCUACAAGAUAAGCGACGAGCUGAAACAGGCUAGGAUCGAGACCAAGGUGCGAUGGAGCGAACACGAGUUCGAGAAGGAAUUCACGGAGUCUGCGGAAAGGUUCGAAUCCGAGCAACCGGGCGCCACCAAGGGAGCGGCGCGGCCGUCUGGGCUGCAGCACUUCACCGAAUCCUCGGCUCGGAUUUUCUCCUAUCAGAUUCAAAUUGAUACUGCUGCGCUCUCACUGUUUUACCAAUCGUGCCGAUUCCAAUUUAUAUUCUACCCUUCUCUGUGA